GUGAGUAUAAGUUCUGCAAGCUGGAGAUGGUUUUCACUUCGAAAUAUUACUGUUUUUACAGAACAUGUAGUGUGUCACCCAUGAAAUUAAUGCAAGUAAAUAUGGAAUUGAAGCUGCCAAUUAAUAUCAAACAUCUAAGUGGAUGAAAUGUUAAUUUUGAUGAAAAAAGUAUACUGUUCAACUAGAAAAUGCUUAAACAGACUAAACUAAUGAAUACCAACAAAAAUAUUGGACGAGUAACGCCGAUCAUGAGGAGGAGUUGCUUUCCAGGAGCAUCUUCAUCUCUGGACUCUGCAGAUUAUUAUCAACACGUUGAUACAGCCUGUAGUGGUAGUUCAUUACCUGCUUGUCUGUGCUUGCAUUGUUUAAGUACUUCAAAUUCAUCACAACAUCUAAGUGAGAUGGUACAGAAUUCAGGAGGAUCAUCUGUCUUCUGUUGCCAGAGGAUGAGUGGUAAUUGUGUUUCAUUACCUGAAGUUUCUGAAUUUAAUGUUUCACUAGCAGCUGGAGUAAGGCCAACUUUGUCAGCAUUAUCAUCAUCAUAUUCAAAAGAAUCAGAAUUAGAAAUUCAUGUUAAUAACCUAGACCCAAGCAUUGACAUAAGAGAAAUGAGAAAAAUUCUUCUUUCAGUUUUUCAAGAGUAUACUAAGGUCAUGCACUUUUCUCUCAGAAUGCUAGAAGAUAAGAGCUUAAAGGCUGUGGUCAGGGUGAUAUCUCUUCAUGAGGCACAGUUUGCAGUUUCUAACCUUCACGGCCUCAAGAUUGGCUCAAGACAGAUCUUGUUAAGUUACAAGUCAGGUGAUAGCAAACCUCCUUUGCAGGUGUUGUGGUGUGAGGUGCUUGCCCUAUUGAAUGAUACACCAUUCAACAGAAUUCCCCUUUGCAACUUGAAAGAAAGGUUUCAGAACAGGUACAAUAGAGCUAUCACUGUUUCAGACCUGACCCAGAUGGACAUGUUAAUAAUUACUGAAGAAGCUGGAGAAUGUAUUGUAUGCUUAAAGCCUGACUACCGAAUCACAUCGUCAUCUUUUGAAGCUGAAGGAUCACACCAGCAGAGACAAUGUUCCACUGAGAAACCUUUUUGUGAACACCAUUUCCAACAAGUUAGUUGGAAUGACUGGACAAAGCCAAGAAGUACAUAUCCAUUACCCAAAGUAUGUAUGUCAUUAAAGACCCUUGGACCUCGUGUGCAUAAGAUGCUGGACAAUCACCAUGGCUCAAUACCACUUAACAGCUUCUGUUCCUGUUAUGUAGCUCAGUUUGGUCCAUUGACAAAUAAGGACAAAAACGUAAAGAUCUUCGAAGAUCAAGAACUUUUAGUUUCACAGGGACAAGAAGGUGUUCCAUUAGAGUAUCUGUUAACUUGUAUCCCUGGAGUGGAGAUAACCAAGUCAGGAUUAGGAAUCAAACAAAUACAGUGGUACAAAGUUACAAACAUAUCACAAGGUGGAUGUAAAAACAAACAAUCUGUAGAAGAUCAUCUUGUUCUAUUUAAGCAAGAAAUGGUGGAACUUUUGAAGAUUCAACCACAGUGUUUGUUACCUUUUGAUCAGUUUGUUCCUGCCUAUCAUCAGCAUUUUGGGCAUCAGUGUUGUCUUGGAGAUUAUGAAUUUACUAAAUUAACAGAACUGUUAGAAGCAGUGUCAGAUGUUGUCCAGAUUUUAGGUCAAGGGUCAAGUCGUAUGUUGACCUUGACUCACCUGACCCAAGUGAAACGAUUUGGCAAUGACAUUUUGCGUGUUCUUAGGUCACGAGCUAGCAAACAGAUCUUUCUGUCUGAAUUACCAGUCUUUUAUGAACACAAAAUAGGCAGGAAACUUCAGAUAACUAGUUAUGGAAUAUGUACAUUGACAGAUAUGUUAGCAGAAGUGGCUGACUUAGUUGUGGUUACAAAGACGUCAGAGGAUACUGUCAUAACUAUAAAGAACAGAGGACAAACAGCUGAAGAAGUUGAGCGAACCAGACAAUUUGCAAUGGAGGUGGUUGAAUUAUUAAACAAUAGUCCAUCAGGAACAAUGCUCUUCAGCAAGUUUACUAUUGCCUAUCAUCAUCAGUAUGGUCAUCAAUGUAAAGUUUCUAAAUAUGGAUUUAAUAAGCUUGUGGAAUUGCUUGAAGCUGUUUCCGAUGUGGUAGAGUUGAAGGAUGUGGGUGAUGAUAAAGUACUUUUGUUGAGAGAUCGUCAAGAAGUACUAAAUGACGUAGCUGUUAAAAUAGUUGCAGUGCUAGAGGAAACCUCUCAACGGAUGAUUCCUUUUACUAAUUUGCCUGAGGCCUACUUCAGAGUGCAUAACCAGUUCUUGAACUUUCAGGACUAUGGAUUCAGUAGCCUUCAAGAUUUACUUUCCAAACUAAAUCAUGCUGUUAAGAUGUUGCCUACACCAUGUGGUGUUAUGGUGGUGCCAGUGAACAGAGCCUUUAUCAAGGAGAUGUCUCUGAAGGUCUGCAGGCUAUUAAUGGAACAACCCAAUGGCAAAAUGAGUAUGAAUGAUUUAUGUAGUCAGUUCUCUCAUCGCUUUGGUCAGUAUUUACACGUAUCAUUAUUGCAACAAGAACUGCAGGAUGUUGUUCAGGUCGAUGGAGAACAUAUUAGGUUAGCACCCCAACAAAUGUUAGCCAGAGAUGUGGUAAUUCUUAUUCAGGAAAGUGGAGGGAAAAUGUCAUUGCAGCACUUUGAAAAAGCAUUUUUUCGACGUUAUCGAGUACCAAUACGUCCUGCACUUUAUGGUUAUGCCAGUGUCCUCUCCAUGGCACAAGACUUUUCUGAUUAUAUUACUAUUCAAGGUCGUCGUAAAAAACGAAUUCUGGCUAUCAAGAAGGAAAUAGCAGGUUCUCCCUUCCCUUUAUUGCCUGAUGCCAGGAGUGAGACUUUUUCGGUAACACAGGUGCAUAGAAAGAGAGCUAUGUAUGAAGAAAAAGUGUUACAGUUAACUAAAAAGCCAGAUGGAAGUGCCGACCUUCUAAAUCAGCCUGUUCCAAGUGACUUGCCUCCACCUGUGUUACAGCCUGAACCAAAAUCACUGGAUGACAGGGAUCUCAUUGGUUUUGAUCCUGUUACCUGUGUUUCUAGUACAGUGAUGGAUAUUCAAGGCUUGGAAGAACAACAGCAUAAAAUUUUGUCUCUGUCACCAAGUAGUGUUACAUCUCCAGCUGACUCUCUUCUCACAGAAAGAAUCUACAAUCCUGUAGUGAAAAGUACAUCUGAUCUGACAUCAGCAAGCUUAACUUUCACGGAACAAACAUGUACUGCAUCUUUUGCAAGUUCGUUCCACAUAGAAGAUACCUUCAAUUCAAUUCCAACAAGCUUAAGUGAUACAGAGAGAAUGAAUAAUAUAUGUUCAAGAAGCUCACCUUUCACACAGAGAAUAUGUAAAGCAUCUCCAGUGAGGUCAUCUUACACAGAUAUAACUUCUUAUAGACCAUUGAUGAUAACAGACCAUCCUUCAAGUUUUGAACAAGAUGAUUGUCAUCUUCAGAAGUCAUCAUUUUCCCAAGACAACCUUCAUCACCUUGUUGAUUUAUCAGGAAUCUCUCAGGAAUGGUCAGAUUCUUUGCAUUUUUCUUCUGUCUGUAGUUUGUCAACAGAACUUUCUAGUAUGAAAGAAGCUGUUAAUAGUUUUCCUAAAUCGGAUCUCAUGGCUGCUACUUUUAGUUGCAACCGCUCAAGCACACUUCCUCGUAACUUUUCUUCUGUUACUGGUGCUAGACGGAGUACUUCACAAGAGCCAUUUUCAUUACCAAGGAAUUUGGGUUCAUCCAAUAGCUACGAAAACCUAACACGAAGCUUACAAAGCUUACACGUACGUCCAAGAAGCAGAAUUGCAGCCCAUUUCACAAACCCUCUCAUGCCAUGAAGUUUUCAGAUGUGAUGUGCAUGAUGUAAUCAAGUUCCUUACAUAAAUAUUUUAUCCCAAAUAUAUCUGUUUAGUUUGUUUGGAUAAAUUUAGAUAUGAUAAAUAUUUUUCUGAUUCCUUCUGAUGCAAUCUCUAUUUAUGUAUUAUAAAAUUUAAAAUCGUAUUCUGGAAGUUAAGAUUUUGUUACAUAAGAACAAGUUUUCAAGAAAGGUUUCUUUAGUGACAGUAAUUUGAAGUACUUAACAAAGGUAAAAAAUUGUUUGUUAACAUUAUGAUAAAUGGAAGAUAAAACUUAGGGUGUUUUAAUAACUAGAUUAUAAUAUAUAUUUUGUGCAUAAGAGAGUUAAAGUAAUGAAGAUGUUAAUUCUUGUAAAUACAUUUAGAUGGUUAUGUUAUUCUUACACUACUGCAAAAGGUUUAUAUUGUGAAUUACAACAGUCCGUAAUCGUUUUUAAAAUUAGAAUAAGAAGAGGAAAUUUUAUGUUGGAAGUAAAUUAAUUUCUCAAAUAAGAAUGUCAGCAAUUUUAUAAAACUGAGAUGUAAUUGAUAAUUGUAACUAGCUCAGAAUAACCUUGGCUAAUGCCACAAAUUAAUUAUUAGAGUACAAUAUAAAAAAACUAAACAGUAGGCACAACUGGCAUAUCAUAAAAGAACACAAUAUAGGUUGAUAUAAUUUUAUACAUAAACCAGACAAAUAUAAAUUAAAAUAGUAUGGUGAAAGCAACCAGUUCUUCAGUAGAUGUGUUUCCAGAUUUUAAACCCAUCUAAAUUUGUGCUACUUGUGACAACUGUUUAGAGGAAAGUACAUAAUCAUAGUUGUGUUUAUAGGUUGUAGUUUGGUCAAGAUUUAUUGAAUUUGAGUUACAGUCAGGGAAAUCAUUCUUCAUACUAGUAUUUCUGGAUUUUUGCUGUUUAUAACUGGUACUGAUUGAGUUACAGUGAUUUAUAAGGUUUGACCAUAUAAUAAUAAUAGGUUUGCAGUUAACUUUCACUGAUGUGAAGUAAGUUGGUCCAAGGUUGUUGCCAUUAAAAAAGUUUAUGCUUUUGUUAA